CUGCCACAAGUAGCUGCCAUGGAACAGUCAACGGAAUCACCCAUUGCCGACAUGGCGCUGAUUGAGGAUGCCCCCAUGGUGCCCAAGACGCCCACCGAGAAGCCACCGCUAGUGGCAGCGGCCGCCAAGGCAGCCAGCCCAGAGCCCAGCUCGGAGCCGCAGGCUGAUGAGAAAUCCGCUCAACCGCAUACAGUUGCCGACUUCAUCAUCCAUCCGCUGAUCGCGUUCAAGCCCCGUCAGGCGGCACUCGAUGAGCUCCAGGCUCAGGGCAAACAGGCAACGCCAGCCGGCUCGGGUAGCACCACUUCCACAUCGCCCGGCACUUGGCUGUUCGGCAUGAAUCCUGGCCAGGGUUUGGGUUCGUCUUUCUCCACGCUGGCUGGCUCUGUGUCCGGCUGGUUCAACGAUCGCAUCGCUGGCGCCGCUCAACAGCUGCCCAGUCUUCCCAGCUUGCAGAGUUUGACGGAAGUCCCGGUCCGUGAGACGACCACCACAACUACCACCACCGUCCGUCCCGACAUCGUGGUGCGUGUCCAGCAGCGUCCCAACAGAAGGCGUGGCAAUGGAAAUGGCAACGGCAAUGGCAACUUGAAUGGCAAUGGCAAUGGCAACGGUAAUCGCAAUGGCAACCGCAACGGCAACGGCAACCGCAAUGGCAACCGCAUUGGUAAUGGCAACGGUAAUGGCAAUGGCAACGGAAAUCGUGGCCAGCGUCCAAAUCGCUUCAACAAUCGCCUCGAUUCCCUGGAGUCGGAUGAGUACGACGAUGAUUACUACAAUGGCAAUCGUUUCGACGAGGAGUUCGAUGAUGAUGAACAGGACGAGGAGGAGAUUGUGCCCAACAAUGAUGAGGAUCAAUCGCUCGAGCAGGCUGACGAUGAGGAGGACGAGCAACUGUCCGUUGAACAGCAGCCAUUGAAGCGUCGUCGCGUUACCCAAGCUCAGACAGGACUGCGCCGCAGACCACAAUCUCAACCCCAAUUGCAAUCGCACUCGCAGCGUCGCCAGCACCCACAGCAGACACGACGUGGACCCCAGCCGUUGGCUGUGCUGCAGCAGGCCGAGGAGGAGGACGACGAAGAGGAGGCCGAUGAUGCCGAACAGCAGCCGGAACAGGAGGUCGACGAUGACGAGGAAGAGGCAGAGGAAAGUGAUGAGAACUUCACGCCCGUCAUCUACUCGCAAUCCUCCCGCAAGUCCCAGGGACAAGCGGGUUUCAUUCAGAACAGCCAACAGAAUCUGAUCAAUCAGCUGCGUCGUUUCACCUUCGGUCAGACACCCGGCGAACUGGGCAACAAGUUGCGCAAGUCCUCCAGCCAGUCGCAAAGCAAUCUGAGUCCGACGCGCAACGGCGGCCGUCGUCCCCAGCAGGCAACGCUGCUGGUGAACCGCAACGGUCAGACCGUUUAUGUGGCACCCGAGCUGCUCGAGCUGACACCCGGCUAUCCCUAUGGCUAUGCGCCCGCUCCCGUUAAGAAGCAACAAUCGCAGCGUGUGCCCGCCAGUCCCUAUCCUCAGCCACCUUUGACGGUGCCCGUCCGUCGCAAGGGACGUCCCACCCAAUACAUUACCAUACCCUGGAGCCAGCUGGGUCUGACGCCACCUGAUCGCCAGACUGUCGUCUCGCUCGCUGAGGGCAUUCAAUCGCAACCGCUUAUUCUCAACAUUCCCGAGAGCGCCAUCACAACGCUGCCCGUCCGUGGUGCCGCCGCCGGCUCCAAUGCUCAGAAGAAGAAGAAGCGUCCCACAUUGACUGCCUCGGCUGUGCCUCUGCUUGCCGAUGCCUCGCUCAUGGACAUCUUCCAGCCACCCCAGAUCCCACCAUCGCGCACCGGCGCCAGCUCAAGCUCCAGUUCUACAUCCAGCGGAGCUGCAACUAAGCCCAAGCCUAAGCCAGUGUUGAUUGCCGCCAAGCCCGUGCAAGCUGGCGGUCUGCUGCCCACACGCAUUCGUCCCGGCACCAUUGUGGAGAAAGCUCCCGCCGUGGAAAGCACCGAGAAGCAGCCACAAGCGGCAGUUACACAAACCGAACAGCAACCCAUGAAGGAGACAAGCGAGGCCAUGGACACGGCGGCUGUGGCUCCAGCUGCCGUCAAUGUGGAGCAGCCAAUGGAGACGCCAGCGGCUGGUCAGACACAGCCCGAGCAGGAGUACAUCAUUGUCGGUGAGGACAAUGAGCCGGGACUGUCGCGUCAUGUGCAGCCCGUCUAUGGCGAUGCUCGCUAUGUAUCGUAUGGCGAUUUUCAUCCCUACUUCGAUCUGAUCCAUCAGAAUCGUCGCUUUGCCCUGCGCAAGGUGGGACGCGCUCUCCAAGAGGAUGGCGAAGCGUCCGCGCCCAUUGUCGCAGUCUAGUUGUAAAAAUUCGAGAGCUUAAACUGAGAAUUGAGUAAACAUGAAACAAAGAAAACCGAAACAUAUACAAAAA